CGCCAGCAGGGCGUUCUGCGCGCCGCGCGGCGCCACUCCGCACCCUGGCCAGCGCCGCGGGCGGAGCGAGGGCCCCACCCACUGAGCUGCGCGUCGCGGGCGGCCCCGCACGCUGAGCACUCCGCCUGCCGAGCGGCGCCGGGCCAUGUACUCGGGGAACCGCAGCGGCGGCCAGGGCUACGGGGAGGACGGCGGGCCCGAGGGUCCCGCGCCGGCGGGGACGCGGAGCCCCGCGCCACUCUUCAGCCCGGGCACCUACGAGCGCCUGGCGCUGCUGCUCGGCUCGGUUGGGCUGCUGGGCGUCGGCGACAACCUGCUGGUGCUCGUCCUCUACUACAAGUUCCAGCGGCUCCGCGCUCCCACCCACCUCCUCCUGGUCAGCCUCAGCCUCGGCCACCUGCUGGUGACCCUCUUCGGAGUCACCUUUUCCCUCGUGUCCUGCCUGAGGAGCGGCUGGGCGUGGGACGCCGUGGGCUGCGCGUGGGACGGGUUUAGCGGCAGCCUCCUGGGGAUUGUUUCCAUUAUCACUCUCACCGUACUGGCCUAUGAACGUUACAUUCGUGUGGUGCAUGCCAGAGUGAUCAGUUUUUCCUGGGCUUGGAGGGCCAUCACCUACAUCUGGCUCUACUCACUGGCGUGGGCAGGAGCACCUCUCCUGGGCUGGAACAGGUACAUCCUGGACAUCCAUGGACUAGGCUGCACUGUGGACUGGAAAUCCAAGGAUGCCAAUGAUUCCUCCUUCGUGCUCUUCUUGUUUCUCGGCUGUCUGGUAGUGCCACUGGGAAUCAUAGCUCACUGCUACGGCCAUAUUCUGUAUUCUGUUCGAAUGCUUCGUUGUGUGGAAGAUCUUCAGACAAUCCAAGUGAUCAAGAUUUUAAAAUACGAAAAGAAAGUAGCCAAGAUGUGCUUUUUGAUGGUUUUCACCUUCCUGACUUGCUGGAUGCCUUAUAUUGUGAUCUGUUUCUUGGUGGUCAAUGGUUAUGGACACCUGGUUACUCCAACAGUAUCUGUCAUUUCCUAUCUCUUUGCUAAAUCAAGUACUGUAUACAACCCAGUCAUUUGCAUCGUCAUGAUCAGAAAGUUUCGAAGAUCCCUUUUGCAGCUCCUAUGCUUCCGACUGCUGAGAUGCCAGCAGCCUGCUAAUGACCUACCAACAGUGGAGAGUGAAAUGCAAGUCAGACCCAUUGUGAUGUCACAGAAGGAUGGGGACAGGCCAAAGAAGAAAGUGACUUUUAACUCUUCUUCUAUCAUUUUUAUAAUCACCAGUGAUGAAUCUCUAUCAGUUGAUGACAGUGAUAGAACCAGUGGGUCCAAGGUUGAUGUAAUCCAAGUUCGUCCUUUAUAG